AUGGCUCAUGCCUGGUUGGACUCCCUCUCGGAGGACUGGGUCUCUGAACGUGGCUCAGAUGCCUCCGACCUGCAGCUUCCUCCGCUGAAACCUCACGCCGAUGCCACCCCAAGCAAGAUACCGCUUCGCGCCGGCGCAAAUCCAGUGUACUCCCCUAUCACAGGCGACAGCAGCCAUGUCCUCAACGAAAGGACAGCCAACGAAAUAAAUAUAUCACACAACAAGCUUCCCUCAAAACUCUCGCGAGAGCUCAAACUAGACUCCAAGGGUUCGCGCUCCGUCUCCGCUGCUACGUGCGGCUCAGUCGUGCACAAAAGUCUAGACUCGAUGACGGCGAAGGAAGGAACGCCCGAGUGGAAGCGGCGCCUAAUCAACGGCGAGGUGCAGUAUGGCGAGCAGCGUGACUUGUUUUGCUCCGCCGCUGCUGGCCUACAGGACAUGUUCAAGCCGCCACAGGCAGAUCUCAGUGAUACUCAAUAUGGUCAAGCAUUGCCUGACCGCACAAUGCCCUCAAGCCCACCGCUAUACCAAUACGAGCCAGACGAAGACAUCGAUCGAUUGCUCGAACUAGCCGAGCAAGAUGAGCACGAUUUCCCCGAACAAGUGACGCCUAGUCCGAGCCCAAGACGAGGAAACCGCAGCACCCACUUCCGAUCGACGUCGAAUGGGAACAAUAGCUUUCUCUCAUCACUACCAGCAGAAAAUUUAGUCGAUGAAUCUCCCCUGCAGCAUGUCGGUAGCAUUGCCCGCAAUAAGGUGCUGCUCAAUGCGCCGCGCCCUACACAGGGAUCUCUCCGCAAAGUGAGCGGUCAGACCGAUGACAACGAAGAUUUUAGCCCUAUUGUCAUUGAGCGACAUGAUGGAGAAGACGGCCAAGUCAAAUUCGGCGCUAUGGAGUUACCCAUUAUUGAAUUACAAUCGAAGCUUGAGCGUGUUCUGAAGAGCCAGGGCAGUGAUGCCGGCAAUGACUCGCUAUACCCUGGCGCAACGGUCGAGAGACCAUCCGAGAUCGAGGCACUUGAUCACUUUACUCGUAAUGCGGGUCAAAUCAAUUUGCGACGUGGCGGACGCUCAGGAGAUGGCUCGUUCUAUAACAGAGCGCUGAGUCCUGACCUUGGCGUGGAUACCUCAGAGAUGCUGCCAGAAGAAUCCUUACAAGCCAGUACACCAAAGAGAUUUCCCACCAUUCGAACAGAACUGCCUUCUCGAGGCGCUUCUCAGUCAAUGGAAAGCCCAUCCCUGCCCAGAGCACCUUUUCCCAGUCCAGAUAAACGCAGCAUCAAUCCAAGUGGCAGUCCGCUAAAGCUUUUUGGGCCCUACGACACUUUUACGAACCAAACUUUGCUGAGGCGAAUUAGCCAAUUUGAGGAUGUCGACUCUGGCAACUCGUCUGGCCAAGGCACAGGUCUAGCUGACCCUGAAAAGGUUGACGGUAUGGAUCAGAGCCGACGAUCUGUGAGUCAUUUUGGAGGCGGCCAGCUGGACGAUUACGAAUUUACAGCAGACAUGUCUGAGGCGCAUGAUAUCUUUGAUGGCACGGACAAGGAGAAUGUUUCGCCAGAGGCGCAUAUGAUUCCUACGGGGUCUCGCCGUCACAUGUCUUUUGGAAAUGCAUCUAAAUUGCUGGUCUCACGGCGACGAGAACGAUCUAGCGCAUCAACUGAUGUGGCGAUGGACGCGCAUCGACCGGAAGUUGCCAAGGAAGCACCUGAACUACGCAACACCCCAGGACGUGAACAUGAGGUGUCUGAUGCGAAGCGCACAAGAAAUUCCCCCGUCAAGGACCCUACGCCAAAGAGAAGGCGAACCUUACGACGCUCUGACGCAACUCAUAACCGACAAGAGCAGCUUUCGCAAGUGGAUGCCGCCCACCAGCAAAUGCAGAGUGUCAUGGGCAAAAAGCGCAAGGAUGCUAGACCUGGCCAGUUCCAAAUCGCAGAAGCUGACGUCUCAGCUGCAAGAAGAAUUCUAAAACCUUGCUCUCCUGCUUCGAGCCGAAAAUCUUCGCAAGAAUUCGAAGACUCUCUAAACAUGGCGAACCAGGCUGGUGAUGCCCCCACCGAAACGGAACGAAAACCAUCAAUCAAGACGCAGGAUUUUGUUGAUCAAGCAGCGCAGAUCAUGGCCAUGAUUCGGAACCAGGUGAAGCCGACUGGAUUGACAAGCUUGGAGGAAUCAGAGGAAGAGCACAACACAGGUGCAGAGGCUGAGAUUGCAUCUGUGGUAGGGUCGCAGCCGGACUCCACAUACGAACCCCUGUCUCGACCCCCAAGCCGUGAAGGAAAGCAAUCGCCAAACUACCAAGGACGCUCUAAUGACCCGGAACUGGAGGCGAGAUUGAAGCAGUACAAGGAGAUGAGCGACAUGGGUGAUCUCGUCACGUCUUCGAUGCGGUCUGUUAGCAUGGCGCAAGAUGCCAUCCGAGCUGCUCAUCAUCUUGAGAGACAGAUUCAGCAGACGACUUUCGGUCGCGCUGCGGCCACGCUGCCCGGAACUGACAAUCUCGUCAGCGAUCUUGCCAAUGUGCGAAUUUCUGGGCCAUUUCUGGACUCAUCGCCCCCCGCCAGCCCGACACGGGGCUACCCUUCGAACUCAUCCACUCGCUCAGCAAACACCAUGCCCACGACAUCUUCGACCAACUCUGACUCUAGAAGAACAAUCAUGCCUGAAAGUGUUUCGCAUCUUAUCCCUGAUAGAGUGGGCAGCAUGUAUCUUGACAAGUCCCAAAAUAUCUGGAUUAAAAAGAAGGACGCAAACCCCGACGCUCAGAAUAACAGCGUCGCAGCUACUGAUGAUAGCGAAGAGGAUCCAUUCGCUAGCAUUCCUGAUCUGACCGUCGACAUGACACAGGAAAUACGAAACUUGAAGCCUGUUAUGAACAAUGGGCAAGGCCCUGGUGUGGCCGGCCCUCAGUCCUCUCCUCUCACUCCACAAGUGGGAUUUAUCCCUUUCUCACCCGAUCAGAAUGAAGGAGAGGUGGAAGAGCUGCCAAACAUGGACAGGCAAGAGGGCCAAGGGACUUAUAGCUCUCGAUCUGGAACAACAAGGCGACGAAACAUGACCAUCUCGUUCUCCUCGCCGAUUGCGUCAAUCAUCCAAGAGGCUAUCGCCAUGGGUACUGAUAGUUUUGACGAAGAGGCGACCCCGCACUCGAUCAAUUACGACAAAAGCCCUGACCAAUCACCACCGCAAGGAUUUUCUGGCAAAGCGGCUCUGCGGCAGAUGGAUAACAAGUCCAGACCCCCGACCAUGAGAUAUGCAUCGCAGCAAGGGCCAGAUUUUUUUCGUCGGCCAGUCUCACCGAUCAACGAACAGGACGAGGAUGGUACCGUCGAGCUACUCGCCAGUGAAGGAAACCAGCUUAGCUUCAUAGGGGAGCAGAGUCUCGUGAACUACGGAGGACAGGAGAGUCGGCAAAGGUCGCUCAGCGUCGUCAUCAGCCGAACGCCGGGAAACAAGAGCCUGGCGCUCGUCGGUGAUGAUAGUGCCAUCAUCGGACAUAAUGUCGCCAACAUGUCUCUGAGCCCGCUCUCCGAGCUCAACGUCAACCAAGGAGACCAGUCAUUUGGAUUUGAGGUUAGCUACGUGCUGGGCAACCGACACCUAUCGACUGGCGAUGGCUCAAGGAAGGUCAUGUCGCUGACUCUGCGCAACCUUGUCGAAGGAAUAACCGAGGUUGAGCCAUGUGAGCCCUACUGGCAAGAUCUCGAGGAGCUCGACCUGAGCGAGAAGCGACUUACAAGCCUGCAUAUGCUUGAGGAGUUUUGCGGUAAGGUGGUGACCCUUGAUGCAUCUCAAAAUGCGCUUGGUCAUUUGGAGGGAGUGCCCUGUAGUGUGCGGCAGCUCAAGGUGUCGCAGAACAUGCUGACGGAGCUGACUUCGUGGAAUCACCUCGUCAAUCUGCAGUAUGUUGACAUUUCUGGCAAUGAGGUAAAGAAUCUAUCUGCGCUGCGAAACCUGGUGCAUCUGCGAAGCCUCAAGGCGGACAACAAUAGGCUCACGAGCUUGGACGGACUGGAGUCGCAUGAAGGACUGCUCUUGUUGCGAGCGCGAGACAACCUGAUUGAGGAGCUCGACUUUGAGUACAGCGCGUUUCACAGGCUCACAGAGCUUGACCUCACAGGCAACAGCAUUGAAGUGGUUCGCAACACAUUUGAAGCUACCAAAGCAUGCAAGACGAUUCGCCAUCUCGACGUCAGCCAGAAUGAGCUCACACAUCUCGAUGUCAGUGGACUACCCAAUCUUCACAUGCUACUUGCGGACGGCAACCAGCUGCCCACUGUGACUGGAUUGCAGCGAACCAGACGACUCGACAGCCUUUCUCUCCGGGAGCAGCGAGGGCAAGAACCGCUUUCUCUUGAAUUCUUGUCGGUGGGAUACGAAGUGCGCAAACUCUAUCUUUCUGGCAACUAUCUGAGGUCGUUCGAGCCAAAGGUGGACAUGUUGAACCUGCAGCUACUUGAGCUUGCCAACUGCGGACUGACUAGCCUGCCGAGCGAGGUUGGCCAACUGAUGCCGAAUCUGCGAUCGCUGAAUAUUAACUUUAACGCGAUUUCAAAUGUGAAGUCUCUACAGUACAUUCCACGGCUGAAGAAGCUUUUGAUGGCAGGCAACCGUCUUGCGGACUCUACGUCGGUCACACAGCUCCUCAUCGACUUUCCUCAUUUGACAAGAUUGGACACGAGAGACAAUCCCAUGACGCUUGGAUUCUACGCACCGCUGCAGGCGCUUGUGAAGACGAACGGAAAAGAGACAACAAUGCCGUUUGCGCUGCCAGAUGCCGACGAGGAGCGAGAUGAGCUGUACGUCAGCCGACUAGAUGAGCCGACCAAGCUUCGGCGAAGAUUGCACCAGGUAGUGUUGGCAGCUAGCUGCAGCCGACUGCGCAUACUGGAUGGCCUACCGAUGCGUCGGAAGCAGGUUCUGGCCAUGGACAGCCUCCUGACGGCGCUUGCGGAAGAGGGCUUGGUCGGGGUACCGGAGCAAAAGGAAGAGGGCGAAGAAGCCGACGGGGCGUGCGAAAAGAAAGAGGAGGACUGCGAGCAAGCACAAAGCAGUCGAUGGAACGGGGAAGACAGCUUUGCGUAG